ACGCCUCGCCUCGCCUCGCCUCGGGGCGGCCGCAGCCGGGGCUGUGGGCAGGGAGUCGGGCUUCCCUUCGCCGGCCAUUCCUUCUCUGGCGGGGGAGAAAUGGAGGCGGCCUGGCGCCAGGGCGGCCGGGGCCGGGGCCGCGCCAGGCCCGGGGACGGGCUCGCUGCCCGCGCUGGGGCGGCCGCCCGGCCGCCGGCCCCGAGGGCCCGCGGCGGUGCCUGCGUUGCGGCCGCGGGGACGAGCGGCGAGGGGAACAGGGAAUUAUUUUCACAGAAGAAAUUUGAUGAAAUUAAGAAGGCUAACCAGGCUGCAGCAAAAAAGCUAAUUGAAGACCAAUUUAGCUCCUCAUCUGAAGAUGAUGAUGAAGAUGCUGAAAUAAAACAAGGAAAGAUUUUGGCCAAAACAUUUACCAUUUACACUAGUCAAACUGAUGGAGACGCAAGUGAACUGGAACGUACAAGACAGUACAUGAACGAAGCUUUUCAGUCAGGGGCUAUGACAUGUCUGAUCUGCAUUGCUUCAGUUAAAAGGAACCAAGCGGUGUGGAGCUGUUGUGGAUGCUUUUGUAUAUUCCACCUGGUGUGCAUCCAAAAGUGGGCCAAGGACAGCCUUUUCCUUGUGUCUUCUCCUUUGACGGAUGAUGAUUUUGGGAAGAAAGAUUAUCCCUGGCCAUGUCCAAAAUGUAGGUUUGAAUACAAACGGUCUGAAACUCCCAGUAGGUAUUACUGUUACUGUGGAAAAGUGGAGAAUCCAACACUGGACCCGUGGCUGGUACCUCACUCCUGUGGUCAGAUAUGUGAGAGGGAAUUCAAACCUUCCUGUGGUCAUAAAUGUUUGCUGCUUUGUCAUCCAGGACCAUGCCCCCCAUGCCCAAAGAUGGUCACAACAACCUGUCACUGUAAGAAAGCUAAACCAGUGCCCCGAAGGUGCAGUGCCAAGGAGUGGUCAUGUCGCCUGCCGUGUGGACGAAUGCUGCUGUGUGGACAGCACACUUGUGAGAAUUCCUGUCAUGCAGGAGAUUGUCAGCCUUGUCCACGAGUCAGUAAACAGCGGUGCAUCUGUGGAAGACAGAUGGCAGAAAGACUUUGUGCAAGUCCUCAGUGGCAGUGUGAUCAGGUGUGUGGGAAACAUUUGUCUUGUGGUAAUCACACAUGUGAACGAGUUUGUCAUGCUGGUCCCUGUGGAGACUGUCCUCGUUCUGGGAAAAGGUCUUGUCCGUGUGAAAAAUCAAAGUUUACAUUGCCAUGUACAGAAGAUGUGCCCACCUGUGGUGAUAGUUGUGACAAAGUUCUGGAAUGUGGCAUCCAUAAAUGUUCACAGCGCUGUCAUCGAGGUCCCUGUGAAAUAUGCAGACAGGAAGUUGAAAAACAGUGUCGCUGUGGAAAGCACACUAAACGCAUGCCAUGUCAUAAGCCAUAUCUGUGUGAAACGAAGUGUACUAAAAUUCGUGAUUGCCAAAAGCACCAAUGUAAGAGAAAAUGCUGUUCUGGAAACUGUCCACCUUGUGAUCAAGUCUGUGGGCGGACUCUAGGCUGCAGAAAUCACAAAUGCCCUUCAGGCUGCCACAGAGGUAGUUGUAAUCCAUGUCCAGAGACUGUAGAUGUGAAAUGCAAUUGUGGAAAAACUGUCAUUAAAGUGCCCUGUGGCAGAGAGCGCACCAUCAAACCUCCCAAAUGCAAACAGCUGUGCAGUCGACCACCUACCUGUCACCACUCUACCCAGGAGAAACACUAUUGUCACUUUGGUCGGUGUCCUCCGUGUCGUCAGUCCUGCCAGAAAAAGUUAACGUGUGGUCAUUUGUGUCCUGUUUCCUGCCACGAUGAAGCACUUGUGAAGCAAACUGGCUCACAUCAGUCUGCAGGUCCUUGGGAACAGCCAUCUGAGCCAGCUUUUAUUCAAACUGCAUUACCAUGCCCUCCCUGUGAAGUUCCUAUACCAGUGGAGUGUCUUGGGCAGCAUGAGGUUAGUCCAUUACCAUGUCACUCUGCAAAUCCCUACACAUGUAAAAGAUUUUGUGGGCGGCUUCUUGAUUGUCAGAAUCACACCUGUAUGAAAGAAUGUCAUCAUGUUACUAAAUUGAACAGUAGUGCAGAUGGAAAGAAGGCAGGUCCAGAAUGUUUGCAGUGUGAAGAGGAGUGUAGCAAGCCUCGGCCAUCUGGCUGUCCUCACCGAUGUGUUUUGCCCUGUCACCCUGGGGAUUGCCCAUCAUGUCUCCAGAUGCUGAAAAUAAAGUGUCACUGCAAACUGUCAAUCCUGUAUAUUGAAUGCUUAAAACUAACUUGUGCUGAUUUAAAAGAAAAGGAGCUUCUUAUUUCCUGCAAAAAUCAGUGUCCAAAAGAGUUGCCCUGUGGUCACCGAUGUAAAGAGAUUUGCCAUUCUGGUAGCUGUCCUCUGAACUGCAGCCAGAAGGUUAAACUCCGAUGUCUCUGUAAGAGACUGAAAAAGGAAGUACAGUGCAGCAAGAUAAAAGAAGGCCAAAUUUCACUGGAAUGCGAUGUGUUAUGCAAGGAAAUGAAGCGAAAAGCAUCUGAGAUAAAAGAGGCAGAAGCCAAAGCUGCUAUUGAAGAAGAAAAACGAAGGCAACAGGUCUACUUACCAUGCAGGAAAAGCAUGCCGUUAUGUACCUGGUGUCCAGGGGGUCAGGCACUGUUUUGUGAUCAUCUUGUAACAAUAAAUAUAUUCGUGCCUUACCUGUCUACAAUUUUGAUCACAUAUUCCAUCAUACGACUCACAGACAGUUCAUCUAAUUCUUCUUGUUCUGCUGAACUGGAAGCUUUUGAAAACAGAUUAAAAGGGCGAAGAAAGAAUAAGAGAAGAAAGGAUGAAGUAGAAGUUGAACAAUCAUCAUGGCAAAAAUACAAGAAUCUCAUUAUGCUGCCAGUGUUCGGAGUUGCAGUUGUGAUGGUUGCAUGGCUCAUGGUCUACAAUGACUGACACAGCUCAAUAUUUAAUACACCUCAGUUGGGCUUUUGGUAGCUAUUAUUCCUAGAAUGUUAGGCUGUGUGUAACAGAACUUAAUAUGCAUAGCUUAUGUAUGUAUGCUCUUUGCCAAGAAAAGUGCAGAGGAGGGAAGAAAUGUCUCCUUCUGUGUUACUACAUUCACAGCACAAAACUGCGUUCAGACACUGAAAGUAAUUGUAGAUUUUGGUCUACACUGAAGUGCUGAUGUAAUUUGUCUCACUGAGAUCUGUUAACUCUUCUAUUAAUAUAGUGUGUUACUUUUUCCUUGUCUCCAUUUCAUAAUGUUAAAAAUAGCUUAGCAUAAAAUGCUUUAUUGAAUAUUUGUUUCCUGCAAAAUCAACUUAGUGGUUUAUUGAAGAUUAGUAUUCUUAUGCUAGUCUUUAUUUUGUAUCACAAAAUAAUUUCUGUGCUUCAUGUCAGUUUUAAUUAUAACAACUAAUGGGGAACUUCAGAUCACUUAAGCCUGAGUGUUCUGGGGCCUCAUGUCAGAACUUUUCAGUGAAAGAAAAUGGGAACCGUCUUUCAAGUCAACUGUAUCACAAACAAUAAAAUGGGCCCCCUUACAGACUGUGGGGCUUGUUUUUUUGGUUGUUCCCCCCCUGCCCUGGUUUCCUCAAGAUCAAAUUUAGUGGACAGAUGCAUACGCUGAACGUGGAUGUGAAGUAGUUUCAGGGUACAAGGAUGUGUUCUCAUCACUGCCCCCAUACUAACAGCAGAAGAGCAAUUUCAAAUUGAACUUGGAGCAUCACUUGACUGUAUAGGUGAAUGUCACAUUUGAUUAUUUGCAUAGGUGUAAAAACCUGUAACUGAAUAGUGUAACAAGACAAUUGUAUGUUGUUCUGAAGCCAUCUGGAUAGUGCUUACUAAUCACGUAUAAACUAUCGAGCUAAUCUUUUAAAUGUUUAAAUAUUUUUCAUACUGACAAUUUAGAAUACCUUGCUUUUUGAGAUAUCAGUGUUGGUUUGCAGAGCUGAAAGGUUAACACAGCUUCAAGAUUAUUAGAAAAGCUACAUUAUCUCAGCUGAGGUUAAAUCUGGGGGCAGGGGAAAUUAGAAAACGGAAUUUUUAAUCCUGUGCUGGAAAUUUUAUGCUGAUACUUGAGCAUUGCGUGUAACAGACGUGUUUACAAGAUCCUGUGAAAGAUGAGGUACAAAGCCAAAGGGCAUUAGGUUGCCCUUGUAAUUCAGGCAUAUAAGUUCAUCACAAGUCCUGCAAAAGCAGUGGGACCAUUUCGGCCAAUUAGAGAAGACUGAGGUUUGUUUGAAAGAUCUUUUGGUUGAUUUUUGUCCCACUUUUAAAGGGACCCAGUAUUAAUUUGACCUGAUACUACAAUUGUCAUUACAGUUCAGCAGCAGAAAAAAAAAUAGAAAAGCUGCAAAAGGCAGUUACUUUUAGAUUGCAUAAAGUGGGGAGAAAAUCACUUUAUUUUCAAUUUUUCACCUAAGUUUGGUGAAGGAGAUAGAUAAGGAAAGCUUGGCAAUAUUUAGCAUGAAUUGUUGCCAUUUGAGAGUUGGGGUUUGUUUUUUUAAUUUUUUUUCUAGAAAUGCAUAGUACUACUGUCAUGAUGUGUCAGGCCAUUAGUAUAUGAAGUUAUAGAUUAAUUGAAAUUACACUAGGCAAUCAUAGUUGCAUCUCUGUUGAGUUCACUUAUUUUCUAGUAUAAGGAAUAAGCCAUUUUAUACGUUGUUACUUUAACUCUUUUCUGUAACAUUAAUGCCUGGAAGAUAAUUCCAUAUAUAAGUGGUGUUUCUUUAACUAAGUGAGGUGAUGCUAUUAUGUGACUGCUUAUGCCAGUAACUCUCCCGGCACUGAGAGAAAAAGAAGAGAGAUUUUUGUUCAGCUGAAGUAAAAUGUGAUAUAUUGUUCAGAAGUACAGAAAGAUACCUUUAUAGCUGAAUUAUGCAGAUCAACUUGAAUGAGACUAUUAUGGAAACAGCUUUAUCUUACAUGCCUCUAACUCAUUUUUCUAUUUACUCCUCCUAGCUUUUUCUUUAAAACAAGUACAACAGAACAUUUAUCCUUGCCUCUACAGCAAAGAGAAGAAAUCUCUCUCUUCAGAGCUCUAAAAAUGAACUGCACUUGAGUUAUAUGUUUGAAGUAGUCCUUAGUGUUCUUUUCUGUGUAUUUUGCAAUAUUUGUAUGAAAUAUUGGAGAGGAAAAAACUUGCUUCUUCUUGAUCAUCUUUAUUAUGAUAAGAAAGCACACUAAUCUUUAAAACUUCAUUCCAUUCAUACAAAUACGUGUAUGAGUAGGCAUGUGCCCUUUCUUAAGGAAUUUGUAUCUUUCCUCAACCUUGCAUAUGUGAGACAUACCUAUUUUUGAAAUUUCAUUCAAAAUAGUUCUGUAUAUCUUAUGCAGCCAUCUGAGUCAUUUGCAUUCUGUCGGUCUGCCUGCUGAACCAGAUAUUUGCUUCUUGGCAUAAAAAGGUGUGGGGGUUUGAGCAAUCUGCAGUUUAAUAAAUCACGGGGUUCUAUUUGGUUUUUAAAAAUAUUUUUACACUUUUUUUUUUUACCUUUAUUUGGUUGGAGCUGCAUGUUGCAAACAUGACCUUUGAAGUAAAAGGUACAAAUAAAAUCACCUGUUAUUCAUUACAAAUGAAAGAUGGUAAUUCUAGAAAGAAAAUAUUGAACUGAAGGCAGGGGUCUUUUUCAGCAAUUUAGAUGUAAUUUACUGUUACUUAAGGUGAUGAGCAAAUAUUUUUAAUAUUAAUGGUUUACCAAAACAUUACGUAUUGAUAAGUAUGCAUUAAAAUAAAAAUUAUAUAAUCUGACCUGCUGUUGAAGGGUAACUAUAUAGAGGGAAGCCUGGUCAUGAGGAUAAUUAGCAUGAAUAUUAUUUAGCUAUGUGUAAAAUGAAAAAACUUGGGGAGGCUUUUCCUGAUUCUGAAUCCAUUCUGGUGAGCAUUCAUCUUUCCACUGAACCAAGGUGCUUACAAGGUGUCAACAUAUUUUGAGUUGGAAACUCCUUGGACAAGUAACAAUAACAAAGCCAUUGUAUGUGUUAAUUUAAUGUAAAAACCAAGUCAGACAAUAAACACAUCAAAAACAA